AACGGAAAGCUCCGUUGCAGUCUGUCAAGCUCGAGCAAGCUUUUUUUGUAUCAGAAAACAACAAACCAUCAAACGUGUUAGCAACGCGUUCAGAACCAGACGCCGGUUUCGUCGAAGAAUCUGGAACGAAUCCUCCGAAAGCAAGCUCCGAAAAUGGCACAAGUUCCGGCCCGCAAUCCCAAGUACUCUGCGGCCGACCUGUGGCCACCGGGUUCGAAGGACCGGGACUUCCCGCCGGCGGCCUUCUUCCCCGUCUAUGUGGGCAACUUUCUGUGCCAACAGCGGGCGGAGUUAGUUGCCCGUGUGCAACAGUACUUCGCCUCGAAGGGCCUGCUCGCCCGGAUGGUGUUUGUGCGCAGUGCGCAGAACGAUCCGUUCCAGAGCUACCAGGACAAGACCAAGCUGUACGAUUGCUUGGUUUACCUAACCCGCCAGAGGGACGCGCAGGACGCCGUCAAGUACCUGCACCGCGACAAGUACUACGGCCAUCGGUUGAACGUUUUUCCGGGCCGCGUCCCGCUAUUCUUCGACCCGGCCAAGAGCGUACAGUACACCAUCCGGAAGCAUUCGGGCUCGGUGACGGAACAGGUGCUCGAGAACGAGCUGGUGCAAAGUUCCGGCGGCAGCACGACGGUGGUGGUUUGCACCGUGAAGCAUUCUCAGCAGGAAGCUUUCGUUGAAUUUUCCGACCCCGCCAGCAUGGAGCGCGCCAUCCAGCGGGGAAGUGGCCUAUGCGCGGUACGGCCAGGCCACAUGGACUCGAACCAACCGCGGCAGCGCUUCCUGGAGCAGCACGUCCAAAGCGAGAUGAUGUUCCACAUAACGGCCAACCCGCGGUUCAUGUUUCUGAUGCCGGAGGGAGCCAUCUUGGAGGCGCUCUACAAGGGCAUCCGGCCACCGGUCUGGGAAGAGUGGAAGGUGGACCAGGUCGAUACGACGAGGGAUAUGCGAGGACGCAAGCAGGAAAAACGGGUCAAGCGACUGGCGCGGAAAGCCAUUAGGAAGGUUGAGAAAAAGGCCGCUAAAAGGGGGUUGAGUGUGCGACGUUGGAGGGAUCGAUUCCCGGACGUCGAUGAAGAAUACCUCGAGGCGGCUUCGGGUGAGCCGGUACUGUAUGUUCGGAGCAGUGGACGGCGCGAAUCUUCCAAGUAUGAUGAUUUGUACAAUCUGGGGUUGGAGUAUAUUGCGAAAAAGUGGCGGUCCAAGCUGCAGCGCUAAUGCGCCCAGAUUUUAAUCUCGAUUUUCUACAUUUUACAACUAAUCAUCAUUUAACAUGAAACUAUUUUGUAAUCUAUUGA